GAUUGAGACCUGAUAUUCCAAUGAACACUCCAAAAUCGUAUGCAGAUUUGAUGAAAAGAUGUUGGAGUGGUAAUGUAGAAAAGAGACCAGAUGCACGCGAAAUAUAUACAACGAUUGGAACAUGGUUGAAUCAAUGUUUAUUUGUUCCAAAUUCUAGUACUGCUAAAGAAUUCAAAAGGGGUGAUGAACUCUUAAAGGCGCCACAGCAGCUAGGAUUACAUCCACAUAAUGUUUUGUAUAGUACUUUUCAUGAUACUAAAGCAUUGACAACGAAAUUGCAACAUCCCAGUAAGGAAACUUUAGACAUAGAUAUCAUGAAUAAUGAUGCCUUUGAAAUCCCUGAUUCUAUAGAUAAUGAAGAUGAUUCAUCAUUUGAAAUCCCUGAUUCUAUAGAUAAUGAAGAUGAUUCAACCUUUGAAAUUCCUGAUUCCAUAGAUAACGAAGAAAUCUCUGAUACCCUAGAUGAAGCCACCGAUUCCUUAAAUAAUGUAGACUUAAAUGAUAUUCCUAUAACUCCAACCGAUGAAUCAUCAGUACUACAUAGUGUUAAUAUUGAAGGUAUUAAAAAAGAAAAUGCAUCUGAAUCUUUAUAUCAACAAAAAAAUUCAACUAAUGAAGAUGUUAUAGUAAAGAAAAAUGCUGCGUAUAGAUUUUCACAACAGUCGAUGGGAUCAGUAAAAUUUGAUUUUUCAAUUGAAACUGAUUGUGAAGAUUAA